CCAACACAACACAAACCAGCUCCCAGCAAGCAAGCAAGCAAGCUCGUGUGCGUGCGUGCGUGCGCGGGUAACUGAGCUCGCUCGCUCAAGGAAGCUCCGGCACACAAGCUCGCGCGCUCCGACGAUGCCGAUGAUCAUCCCCGACGAGGUCCGCGCCAAGGCGGAGAUCUACACGGGCGACGCGGCUGGGCAGGAGAAGACGCGGCUGAUGUUGGCGGAGACGGAGCUGCCCAGCGGCCUCCUCCCUCUCAAGGACAUCAUCGAGUGCGGGUACGUGGAGGAGACGGGGUUCGUGUGGCUGAAGCAGAAGAAGAAGGUGGACCACUACUUCGCCAAGGCCGGGCGCUACGUCUCGUACGGCGCCGAGGUGUCGGCCAUCGCCGAGAAGGGCCGGCUGAAGAAGAUCACGGGGGUCAAGGCCAAGGAGAUGCUCAUCUGGAUCACCCUCAACGAGAUCUGCGUCGACGACCCGCCCACCGGGAAGCUCCACUGCAAGGCCAUCGGCGGCCUCUCCCGCAGCUUCCCCGUCGAGGCCUUCGAGGCCGACGUCGCCCUCCCCGUGCCCGUCACCGGGCGCCUCAAGAAGAAAACGGAGGCGGAGAGCAAGAACGGCAAGAAAGAGGAGGAGGACGCGGUGACGGAGGAGGCGCCGGAGGAGGAGAAGAAGAAGUCGAAGGACGCUGCCGUGGCCCCCGCCGUCCUUGAGGAGAUCGACCUGAAGAUGAAGGAGAUGAACAAGGAUGCGCCGGUCCAGGCGGAGGCGGUUGCGGCCAAGAACUAGUCGGCGACGGCGACGCUACUGCAGGCGCGCGGUUAA